AUUUGACAACGUUUCUACGGACGUCCCACGAGAACCAGCAAUGGCAGAGUAGCUGGCCGCCGUACACACGGGGUAGAUCACGCAAUCCCACCCGUUGUGUGGACGCGAUCCGAAAUCUCCAUUCUUCUCUGACCUAAAGCGGGAGCUCGUUUGGAGGCUCCAAUCAUUGGCGGCAUUAUAUUGAGCUGCGACCGAAACAGCAACUGAAAUAUCAAUUACUGUCCAUAGAUCUCCAGUCGCCUUCGAUACGAAAAGUGAUAACGAAAUGGUGACUCCAAACACCCAAACUCGCCGCACAGGUGAUAGACAACCUCAUCGGUCGACUCAAGACCCUCAAAAUGCGUCUGCCACAAACUCCCUGGACGAUGGGAGUCUGAAGGUCAAGAAAGCGUACCCACAAGAGCUGUCCUCUCUGAAACAACUGUUCGGAGACUGGUCGGAAGCAGAUUUACUUGCGCUUUUGGAGGAGACACAGGGCGAUCUUGACGUUGCAAUUUCCAGAAUUACUGAAGGUGUUGCUGAGCAGUGGGGUGAAGUCAAGAAGCGUGACAAAAAGGACAAACCAAAGCAAAGCCAGCCCAUCGGAGAUUCCUUGUCUACCCGUGGAAACCGCUCAUCCAAGCCAGGACCUCCCUCUCGUGAUGGGUUUGCGAGGGACAACAACCGCCCAGCGCGUGGUGGCACAUAUGCAAGUCGCGGUGGUCGAGGUGGCAGUCGCGGUGGUCGCGGAGGCGGUCGUGGCGGUGCCAUGGUUGGAGGCUCCCGGGGUGGUCGCCAUCAAAACGGAGGCCACGGAGAGACAGAGGCCGCUCCAGCAAGCGAAUGGGAUAGUGCUCCAGCGGACGCUUGGGGAACUGCAACAGGAGAGCAAAACGAGGAGUCCAAAUCCAAAGACGAAGCUCCCGGUACUGCAGACGACUGGGCCGCUGUGCCAACCGAUCAGGCCGAUACGUGGAGUGCGGAAACGCCCUCUGACAAAGCAACGGGCUGGGCGACGUCUAUCAAACCUACUCAGCCCAAACCUGCGACAAAGUCCGAGGCCAAGCCUGCGACGGGAGCUGAGGCGAAACCUGACUUGGCUCGGUCUACCCCAGCGGCGAAGCCGCCGACGUCAUGGGCGGCCCUGCUCAAAACGGCUGAGAAGGUUCCAACUCCGACUCCUACUCCCGCGCGUCCAGCGCCUCCGAAAGAGGUUCCUCGUGCGAAAUCUCCGGUCAAGCCUGUCCCCGAGUCCCCUAAAUCCGUCUCAGAGCGCGCACGCUCGCCGAGCCCGGUGAAGAGCCUCGCCAAAGAAGUGAUCGAGGAGAAGACAAAGACGCCGGAACCAAAAUCUCCCGUGCAUGCACCUAUUGCCAGGCCUCAGUCGAGGUCCUCCAGCCCACUGAAGCCACCAACUGCUGAGGAGCGCGUAGAGGAGCAAACGAGUCCAGCGCUGAAAACAUCGGCACCACCGGGUCUGAAGGCGGCGGCACCCAAGCCCGCACCGUUCACUGGUCGCAAGUUGAAGCAGGACGCAGCAGUAGUCAUGCCAUCCAGCGCCAGCAAGUCUACCUUGGGAGUUCAGUUUGGCUCGCUUCGUUUGGGAGGAUCAGCCGAUGAAGAGGAUCUCGAUGCAUCUGCACUUGACGCCCCCGAAGCUCCUCAAUCCAAUGCAGCGCAAAACGUGUCUCAAACGAUCCAGCAGGGCCAGUCUCAACACCAAUCGCAGGUUUCCCACGGCCAACAACCUGGAGCCCGGGAUACUCGCCCCACGAAUGCGCCAGGUUUGCAGCAAGGAGCUGCGAAGCAAAACGAUGUUGCGCAAUCGAACCCUGGACCGGCAGCGCCGGGCCUAACGAACGGUGGAGUUGGACCCUACGGGUCGUACUUCCCUACGCAGCAACUCGCCGCUGCCUCCGGUUUUGGUCUCGGCCAUAUGGGCCAGUUGCCAGCGGAGUACUCGGCGUUGUAUGGGUCCGAUGCACAAGCACGCGCGGCUAUGAUGCAUGGUUACUACGAUCCCUCCAUCUACCAGCAAGGUGCGGCAACUAAAUACCAGGGGCAAGACACGGCGUCCGCGCAACCAGGAACCCAGGGGGGACAGGCUUCCCCGUCUGCCUCCUUGCACCAGGGCACACAACAGCAGCAACAACAGCAGCAACAGGGUUACCCGCUGCCUUACCCUUACUACCCGUACUACCACAUGCCUAACCAGUUCCAAUCGUAUCAAUCGAGCCCGUACGGCCAGCCUUUCGGAAACAAGUCCGUGUACCCUGGUUACCCUCAGCAGUCACAGCAACCCACCGCUAGUGCAACCACGUCUUCAAAGCCUUCCAGCGGCGGCAAUGUCGGCUAUGGUGGCUACUCCACGGGCGGGCAGCAACAUCUGCAAAGCCAGCAAUUACCUGGUCAACAUCAACCCCACCUUUACCAACAAGGUGGCUACGAUGAGCUGACCAGUGGACUCGGCGGCCACGACUACAAGAACUACAGCGGUCUUCCUCAGCAAGGGUACCAAGGUUUCGGGUUGCACCAACAGAGCCUUCCCGCGCAAAACAAACCCGGACAGCCGUCGUCAGGAACCGCCGGCGGCGCUAGUCAGCAGGACUACAAGCCGCAGCAGGCAAGCCGACCACCUCGCCAACAAUACGAGCACAAAUACCAAAACACCGCCGCCGGUGUCGGUAGCCAGCCCUCGGGUGUAGGCAGCGGCAACGCCUCCAACUCCGCCUUGCCAUCGCAGUCGAGUGGGUCUUACUACAACCAACAGCAGCAGUUCGGUGGCUUGCACGGCCAGCAGCAGCAGCAGCACCAGCAACAACAGCAUGGUCAGCAGCAGCAGCACAGCCAACAACAUCUUCACCAGCAGCCGCACGUUCCUGCGCAGAACCCGUACCUGCAGAUGCACCAGCAAUACCAAGGUGCCGGCGGCCUUUACGGCGGCGGCGGCAGGCAGCAGGGUUCCGGUGCUGGACAAAGCCAACAGCAGGGGUACUGGAAUGGACAAUCUUGA